AUGAACAAAAUUGGAGCGCCGCCGUGCCUUGCUCGCUCGGAGUGGGGCCGUCGUCCGGCCACUUUCUCCUCCUCCGGCUUGCCCUCUGCCGGAGUCUUGCGGGAGUUCCGACUAGGGCUUGUCGAUCUCUCCCCAGCUCCGGAGAUGGUCGUCGACCCGCCUCGUUUAACUUCAAGUAUCGGGAGCCUCCCGGUUCGCUGGAGCUUUGGUCUCGGGCCUUCAGUUCUGCAUCCAUGGAGGGGCGUCCGCUCGACUGCCGAUAGCCUGGGAGUCCGGGACGUUUUCUCCUUGGAUCUCGUCUUUGAUCCCUUCGACGUUUCGUGCUCAGACGACAUGUACGUUUUAUCUCAUGACAAGAAGAGCCUUUAUCAAGAGCCCGAAAGCCCAAAUAAGGCCAAAGUCGGGCCGGCCAAGAAUCUCAUGACCACGAGCAACUCAUCCCCCGUUUCGAGCCGCUGCAGCACAAACUCCAGCGGGUUAGGCUACCAUCACUCUAGUUACAACUUGUCCGAGGAGGGCAAUUCUGUAAUUAGCUUCGGUUCCGAUUAUGGUGGCAGUUUCGUGCACUCGGGUGGAUCGUUUUCCGGCUUCUAUCAACAAAACAAUAAGGAAGCAUAUCCGUUGUGGCCUGAAGAAGACGAACUGCACGUCACGAAUCAUGGCUUGCUCGAGACUUCCGGUUGGAUGAAUGAUGGUGAGACGACGGCUACAGUUACUAAUGGGAUUCAAGAGUUUGAGAAAGAUGAUGCAAGCCGCAACAAACGUCCAUCCAAAGGAGAAAACUUGCAAGCUCUCAAGAAAAAGUGUGUUGUGGGAUCAAGUAAUAGUGACUCAAAGAAGUCGAAAUCAAAGCCAACGUCGACGUCAAAGGAUCCACAAAGUGUUGCAGCUAAGAAUCGACGGGAGAGGAUUAGCGAACGAUUAAAGAUAUUACAAGAUCUUGUCCCUAAUGGUUCCAAGGUUGAUUUGGUGACUAUGUUAGAGAAGGCAAUUAGUUAUGUUAAGUUUCUCCAGUUGCAAGUGAAGGUAUUGGCAACUGAUGAGUUUUGGCCAGCACAAGGUGGAAAAGCUCCAGAUCUUUCUCAAGUUAGGGAGGCGAUUGAUGUUAUUCUUGCCUCUCAAAGGGACCGAAACUCGACAUCCCAAUGA